CGGGCAACGUGCCCUCGGGCUGGGCCUUGCGUCACUGAGGCGCGACUUGUAGGCCACCGAACCGCUUCCCCGGAGGGCCUGAGCCGCAGGCGAAGCGGCGUAACUGCUGUGGGGACACGAUGCCUUGAACCUGUGGAUGUUGUAAGAAAUAAAUGACAUAAUACGGUACAUGGAAAGCACUUAGUUUGGAGUCUGACAUGUGGUAAGCAGCGAGGAAAUGUUAAGAAAAUUAAAUAAGGAGGUAUGUGAAGCAACACUUUUUCUGGAUUAUAAAAGACAUCAUUUCAUCAUGGGACAGCAAAUUUCGGAUCAGACACAGCUGGUUAUUAACAAGUUACCAGAAAAAGUAGCAAAACAUGUCACACUGGUUCGAGAAAGUAGCUCCUUAACUUACGAAGAAUUUCUUGGGAGAGUAGCCGAACUCAAUGAUGUAACUGCUAAAGUGGCUGCUGGCCAGGAAAAACAUCUUCUCUUUGAGGUACAACCUGGUUCUGAUUCCUCUGCCUUUUGGAAAGUGGUUGUACGGGUGGUCUGUACCAAGAUUAACAAAAGCAGUGGCAUUGUAGAAGCAUCACGGAUCAUGAAUUUGUACCAGUUCAUUCAGCUUUAUAAAGAUAUCACAAGUCAAGCAGCAGGAGUAUUGGCUCAGAGCUCCACCUCUGACGAACCUGAUGAAAACUCAUCCUCUGUAACAUCUUGUCAGACUAGCUUUUGGAUGGGAAGGGUGAAGCAGCUGACCGAUGAGGAGGAGUGUUGUAUCUGCAUGGAUGGACGAGCUGACCUCAUCCUGCCUUGUGCUCACAGCUUUUGCCAGAAGUGUAUUGAUAAAUGGAGUGAUCGACACAGGAAUUGCCCUAUUUGUCGCCUACAGAUGACUGGAGCAAAUGAAUCUUGGGUAGUGUCAGAUGCACCCACAGAAGAUGACAUGGCUAACUAUAUUCUUAACAUGGCUGAUGAGGCAGGCCAGCCCCACAGGCCAUGACCUUGUGGGAAGAGCUUCUUUUGUUAUUGUGGGCUACAAAUACAUUGUGGUCAUGGAGGAAGAAUGGAGGUACCUUCUGACACAGAUACAGAAAAACUAAUUUUUCCCAUCCUCUUAUUUUUGCUAUUCUGAUAAUGUGUCCCAUUUUUUAAAUAAACUUUCCAUGUCUUCCAUUCAUGGUAAACUAAAAUGUGGUACUGUUUUAGACUGUAUUUUAUCUGUUCUAAUAUGUAUUAGAACUAAUUGCUCUUGAAUCCUUUGCUAGCAAAUAACAGCAAUAUUUCCAGAGGCUUUGGACAAACUACAGAUUUUCAGAGCAGGUGUAUUCUGGAAUCUUUUUAGUUAGGUAUAAAAACUUGAAAUUUGAAAAUUUGCAACCAUCUGAGAGAAAAAUUUAAUGACUAAAAACAGACUAUGUGAAAGUACAUAUUACUACUUAAAACUAAUCUUUCUGCUGGAAUCUAAGGAGUGUGUAUUAUGCCCCCUUGUGGUUAAUUAUUGCUCCUUUGAUAAUUUUUACUUGAAGUGAGCCACAGUCUCAUAACUUUAUGUAACUUUAACAGUGUGUUUUUCAACUACAUAUUUUUUACUUUAAAGGUCAUUUUUUAUGAUAUAUAAUUUGGGUGAAGACUAUAAAGUUGGAACUUUGCCUUGUAAAUGAAUUUCUGCUGGAGAAUAUUCUUGGCUGUUCUGGAAAUGCCUUCCCAAAGGUGAAAAACUGUUUUAAGCAGCUUUAGAUAAUGUUCGUGCAUCCUGGAGUUUCAGAAGGAAAUUUUUCUUCACCACAAAUACAUACCCUUAUAUUUACAGAUUAUGAUGAGUAAUUCAACAUUGGUUUAUGGUGCUUUUACUUAAAUUUGAAGGCAUCUUUCUGAGGUUUUGAAGUCCUCAAAUUUCUUAGAUUAAGAGAACAUAGGACAAAAAAUAAAAAUAAAAUUAAAAAAUAAAAAAAAAAAAAGAGAACAUAGGACGAGGCUUUCUCACCAUAUAUAUGCAAAACACCUCUGCAAGCUAGGAGAUAAUUGGGCUGUCUCACUGUUUUCAUAAAGUCUCUAAAGGAAUAUAGCAAAAGUGGAAUUAUGUUUAGUAGCACCUCAACCAAUUUUUAGAUCUUGCUUAUGAAGUAAAAAUUUUAACAUUAACAUUUCAGCACAAAAUAAAACUAGGGCCUGAAGUCUCCUUUAAAACAAUAUUUUAACAUUCCAUGUAAAUUUUCUGACUUAUUCUUGGUAACUUGCAAAUACUACUAUUUUUCUAAGUACCAAGGUAUACCAACUUGCUGCUUAUUGAUGACAUAAAUUUUUGGAUAUUAAGAUUUUAGUAGGUAUGCAAAUAAAAUCCAUCUCAAGGGAAAAUGUCUAAUACAACUUGAUUUUGCCCCCAAAAGACUGAAAACUAAUCUAUUGAUAUUCAUGCUGAAUACCAAAUAGUUAAAUACUCACUUUUGUUGGUUUAUACAGGUGGAGUUCUGGGGACUGUAUGAUACCUGGUAGUACACCUAAUGGCUAUAUAAUCUUGAGAAAAUAUCUUACUCUUGUUUGUAGCUUCCUCCUUUAGAAACAGAUUUUUAUCUGUGGUUUUCAUAAUAUUUCAUCAGUGAAACCUUUUUUUUCCCACAGUAAAAUCUUAAAACCCUUGGGCCGGGGAUUUAGCUCAGUGGUUUCACUGUUUGCUGCACAAGCGCAAGGACCCAAGUUCGAUCCCCGGUACCAAAAAAAAAAGAUCUUAAUACCCUUAUACACAUGUGUACAUGCACACACCCUACUCAACUACAUAAAUCAUAUUAAUAUAAAUUCCCUUUAUGUACUCCAGUGAGUAAAUAUUAAGUCAACCAGUGAAAAUACAUGAUGUACAGCUGGUAUAGAAUAUAUUAGAAUUUGUUGAGUAAUAAUUUUGAUAGUUGUUUAAAAAAAUUGGGGUGGGGUCAAAAGUUUUAAUUCAAGUCAAUUUACAUAUCCCUGAAUCUUCUCCAUUGAUUCUUCUAUGAAAAGAACUUUGUGAUAAGUGAUCCUCUGAGAUGUUCUCCAACUCUAAAAAUUUUAAAUUGUCUUUUUGGAUUAGACUUGCUGUGUUUAAUUCAGAUUGCCUAACUUUAAAGUGUUUCUGAAAAUGAACAAUGUGACUUUACAAGUUUUGGGGUCUUUCCAAUAUAGCUAAUGAUUUAUUUUAUCCCCAGAAUCCUUCACCCUUAAAGGGAUUAUGGGGUGAGCCCAGUGACUUGAUGUUGCCUGCACCUUUUUAUCUUACAAUAUGAGCUCCAAGACACUAACUGAUCUACUGUGAAAUACAAAAUGUCUUAUACUAGCCUUAUCAAAUAAAUGAACAUGGGUCUCGGCUCACUUCAUUAAAACUGGGUGAUAAUUCUUGAGCUGUGAAUGUUAGGUAGGGUCUACUGUAAUAUCUAACCAUAAAUGUUGUAAAUUUGUUUAAUAGAUGAAAUUACAUUUUUUUCUACUCUGUACAGCUUUGUCUUUUUUAAAUAUGAAGUACUUAAAUGCAUUUACUAUGAUAGGAAAUAUGUGUGCCUUCUAGGUUUUGUGAAAUGGUCUCAUGUCGUCUAAGGAAUUUGUCUUAUAAAUUAUACAGUGUUCUCUAUCCUAACUCAGUAACAAAACGUUUACUCAAAAUGCUGUAGAACUUUAGUUUGAGAAAAUAAGUUUGACUAGUGCAUUUAGAGGUUGAUGGUAGUAGUAUCUGUUUUAUUCUUAGGAGAAAAUGAUAAAUUGUGCAAUAAAUAAUCUUUAGCAAGAAGUUUUUGCUAACUUCAAAUAUUUUUUUCUUAUCAUGUAAUUUCACUUCCUUGUAUACUAAAUAUUUAUAUUCCUUAGAGGACUAUUUUAUAUUGUGCUCUGGGAGGGGUGUGAUGUUUAUGUGCUAUGUCUUGAGAUUAAUUUCAAAUUGGGCUUGAUUUCCUUAUAUCUAAUAUAUAUCUAGAUAAUGACUCCUUGGAAAUAUCUUUUGGUUCAGUGAUUUUAAUAUUAGGAAGUUGAUUCAUUAAAAGGCAGUCUGGAGAAUUUGCA